UGUUGUUGUAAGAGUCUUCACCUUUUCAUCACUCUGUCCACUUACGAUUCUUCUUUCCUUUCUUUGAAUUCUUUCUAUUUCCAUUUUUCCUUUCCUUUCUCUCUCUCUCUCUUCCAUGUGACAAUGCUGAAUUCUACGGGAUUCCUCUUCUUCUUCUUCUUACAUUUUCCUCAUCUCUAAAAGAAAAUAAAAAAUCCCUCUCUUCUUUACUCCUCUCCCAUUUUCCCACUCUCUCUGGAAAUUAAUUUCCCUACUUUUUUUUUUUCUCCUCUCCCUUCAUUAUUUCCUUCCUCUUUCCCCCCUCAAAUUCCAAUUAUUUUCCACGCCGUAUUAGCAUCAGGAAAGUAAAUUUUGCGGAAUUCUGAUUUGGCGUCGAAUUGUGAAACUCCGAGAUCUGGAAGCUUCUUCAUCCGAAUCGUUGAUCUGGUUUUUUUUUUUGAAUUCGUGCUGGUUCGGAUUUUCCGGUUUGGAUCCGAUCGACGGAGAAACAGCGCCAUCAGAUGGCGCUGUUCAGACGGUUCUUUUACCGGAAGCCGCCGGAUCGGCUUCUCGAGAUCUCUGAAAGAGUUUACGUGUUUGAUUGUUGCUUCUCCACGGAUGUUUUGGAAGAAGAUGAGUACAGAGUGUACAUGGGUGGCAUUGUAGCGCAGCUACAGGACCACUUUCCUGAUGCUUCUUUUAUGGUGUUCAACUUUAGAGAAGGGGAUAGGCGAAGCCAAAUUUCAGAUAUACUGUCUCAGUAUGACAUGACAGUUAUGGACUAUCCUCGGCAAUAUGAGGGGUGUCCUCUGCUGCCGUUGGAGAUGAUCCAUCACUUCCUUCGAUCAAGUGAAAGCUGGUUGUCGUUAGAAGGACAACAAAACGUGCUGUUGAUGCACUGUGAAAGAGGAGGUUGGCCUGUGCUUGCAUUCAUGCUAGCUGGUCUUCUGUUAUACCGUAAACAGUACAAUGGGGAGCAGAAGACUCUUGACAUGGUCUACAAGCAAGCACCUAAGGAACUUCUUCAUCUUUUGUCUCCUUUAAAUCCACAGCCUUCUCAGAUGAGAUAUCUUCAGUAUAUUUCCAGAAGAAAUUUGGGUUCUGAUUGGCCUCCAUCAGAUACACCUUUACUUUUGGAUUGUCUGAUACUCAGAGUUCUUCCACUUUUAGAUGGGGGAAAAGGUUGCAGGCCUGUUAUACGUGUUUAUGGUCAGGACCCUUCAACACCUGCUAAUAGAAGUUCUAAGCUUUUGUUUUCGACUUCAAAGACGAAAAAACAUGUGCGACACUACCUACAGCAGGCAGAAUGUAUGCUGGUGAAAAUUGAUAUUCACUGCCGUGUUCAAGGGGAUGUUGUUCUUGAGUGCGUCCAUUUGGAUGAAGAUCUGGUGCAUGAGGAAAUGAUGUUCAGACUAAUGUUCCACACAGCUUUUGUGCGAUCAAGUAUUCUGAUACUCAACCGUGAUGAAAUUGAUGUUCUGUGGGAUGCCAAGGAUCAAUUCCCCAAGGACUUUCGAGCAGAGGUACUUUUUUCAGAUGCUGAUGCUGUUGUGCCUACUCUUACCACUGUUGUAGCCAGUGAAGAUGGAAAUGAGAUGGAAAGUGCUUCACCUGAGGAAUUUUUUGAGGUUGAAGAGAUCUUUAGCAAUGUAGUAGAUGGGCAGGAAGGGAAGGGGGAUUAUAAUAAUGUGGGUCAGGACAAUAUACCGAAUGAUACGGAUAAUAAAGAAGUCUGGAAAGAGGAUUUGGAUCCUCAUACAUUUCAAGACUGUGCAUCGGAUGAUGGAACUCACAAACAGGAUGGAAAGGUAGAUUCCACUAUUGAUGCAGUGAAGGACAUUGCUGUUGAUGAUGUGAAGUAUAAGCUGGAUGAGCAGGUGGAUUCUGAUCUUCAGGUGGUAAAAGACAUUGCUGUUGAUGAUGGUGAUAUCAAGUUAAAUUCAGUGGUAGCUGAUACUGAUGUGCAAACUAAGGAAGUGACCGAAGAUUAUUCUGGCAAAUUGGAGAGGAUGCAAGACAGAGGUGAUGGAGAAAAUGCUGUUACACAGAAGAAUUUAGAUUCCAAGGUUCCCCAAGACAAGUUGAUUGCUGAUGUCCCUAGACAAAAAUCUGAUAAAUUACUGUCUACUGCGCCUAGGAAACUAGCUACUGUAAAUACGAAAUCAGCUGCAGAUACAGUUUCCAAACAAAAGACUAAACUGCAAGAACCUCAAGCACCUCAUGUAAAACUAGCAAAGCCAAAUGCAGUAUCUAGGUGGAUCCCUACUAAUAAAGGCUCUUACACUAAUUCAAUGCAUGUUUCAUAUCCACCUUCAAGAUAUAAUAGCGCACCAGCUGCUCUUGGCAAUAAUGCUCCUUUGAAGGAUUCGAAUGCAGGUUCCAAAUCAAAGACAUCUGCUGUUACUGCUACCCCUGCCUCUGUGGUUUCAAAUGAUGUGGGCAAUGAGCUGAAAAGUCAAAAUGUGGAUCCUGUGAAGCCUUCAGACUCUGCACGAGGGAAAGUUGCCUCCUGCACACCAUCAUUAUUACCACCAAUUCAAGAGAAAUAUUCUUCCUCACCAACUCAAGAACUGCAUCUCAGCCCACUGCAAGCACUGCCCCCUCCUCCACCUCCUCCUCCACCUCCACCUCCACCUCCACCUCCACCUCCACCAUUUUCUAACAUAUAUUCAUUGUCUACUUUGCCACCCAGGCCUUCACCACCUUCACAACCUUUGCAGGUAGUUGCUAGACCUCCGCCUCCUCCACCUCCAUCAUUGCCUCCUUCAAUCAUGGGUAAUGUUGUGUCAAAAAAUUCCCCACCUCCACCUCCACCUCCACCGCCUCCUCUACCUUCAUUGCUUUCAUUGUCUAAUAAACACAACAUUGGGAUUAGUUUACACCACACAGCUCCUCCACCACCUCCUCCUCCUCCCCCUCUUCCCCCAUCUAGCAGGCAAAAUAGUACUACUGCAUUUGCAACAGUGAAAAGUUCUCCAGCUCCUCCUCCUCCCCCUCCUCCACCACCUCCCCCCAUGCACGGUACUCCACCACCUCCUCCUAAGUAUGGAUUUCCAUCUCCACCUCCACCACCUCCACCUCCUUCACGCGGAGGUCCACCACCACCACCACCACCACCUCCACCAUUUGGAGCUUCACCUACACAGCCACCACCAAUGCGUGGAGCUCCACCUCCCCCACCUCCCCCACCUCCUUCAGCAUGCAGGGCCCCACCACCUCCACCACCACCACCUCCUUCAGUGCGCGGAGCACCGCCUCCUCCUCCACCACCUCCAAUGCGUGGAGUGCCACCUCCACCACCUCCUCCAAUGCGUGGAGCACCCCCCCCACCACCACCUCCUUCAAUGCGUGGUGCCCCACCUCCUCCACCCCCUAUAGGCCGAGGCGCACCUCCCCCACCUCCCCCAUUGCAUGGAGCACCACCUCCUCCACCUCCUCUAGGAGCUCGUGCACCUGGUCCUCCAGCUCCACCUAGACCUCCAGGUGGUGCACCACCUCCUCCUCCACCAUUUGGCACCAAAGGACCCAAUAUUGGAGCUGAUGCAAGAGGCCUACCUUCUGGGAGAGGGCGUGGACUAUCACGUCCUUUUGGGAUGGGGGCAACUGCUACAGCUCCUCGAAGAUCCUCCUUGAAGCCUUUGCAUUGGAGCAAGGUUACCAGGGCUUUGCAAGGAAGUUUGUGGGACGAAUUGCAAAGAUAUGGAGAGACUCAAAUUGCACCAGGAUUUGAUGUGUCAGAGUUAGAGAGCCUUUUCUCUGCAACAGUUCCAAAACCUGCUGAUGCUGGAGGCAAAUCUGGGGCGCGACGCAAAUCUGUUGGAUCAAAAACUGAGAAAGUCCACCUGAUUGAUCUGAGGAGAGCCAACAACACUGAAAUUAUGCUCACAAAAGUUAAGAUGCCGCUUUCUGAUAUGAUGGCUGCAGUUUUAGCAUUGGAUGAGUCAGUAUUAGAUGUUGAUCAGGUGGAGAAUCUCAUAAAAUUUUGCCCUACCAAAGAGGAGAUGGAACUUCUCAAGGGUUACACAGGCGACAUGGAAAAUCUGGGAAAGUGCGAACAGUAUUUCUUGGAGCUGAUGAAAGUGCCUCGGGUGGAGUCAAAAUUAAGAGUAUUCUCUUUCAAGAUUCAGUUCAGCUCUCAGAUUUCAGAAUUUAAAAAGAGUUUAAACACUGUAAACUCUGCAUGUGAAGAGGUCAGGAAAUCAACGAAACUGAAGGAGAUUAUGAAGCUUAUUCUUUUCAUUGGGAAUACAUUGAACCAAGGAACUGCAAGGGGUUCUGCAAUUGGGUUCAAGUUGGACAGUCUUUUAAAGCUCACUGACACACGUGCUUCCAACAGUAAGAUGACACUUAUGCAUUAUCUUUGCAAGCUUUUGGCUUCUAAUUCAGCUGAACUACUUGAUUUUCACCUGGAAUUUGUUAACCUGGAAGCUGCAACUAAGAUACAAUUGAAGUCGUUAGCAGAAGAAAUGCAAGCUAUAAUCAAGGGACUAGAAAAGGUCAAGCAGGAGCUGACUGCGUCUGAAAAUGAUGGCCCUGUGUCUGAAGUUUUCCGUAAGACAUUGAAAGAAUUCAUCAGCGUUGCCGAGACAGAGGUGGCAUCUGUAACAAAUCUAUACUCUGUGGUGGGAAGAAAUGCAGAUGCACUUGCACUAUAUUUUGGUGAGGACCCUGCCCGUUGCCCAUUUGAACAAGUUACUGCGACCCUCCUAAAUUUUGUAAGGUUGUUUCGGAAAGCACAUGAAGAGAAUUGCAAGCAGGUUGAAUUGGAGAAGAAGAAAGCUGACAAGGAGGCCGAAAUGGAUAAGGCAAAGGGCAUUAACCUUACUAGGAGGGCAGCAAGAUAGGUGAAGAUUGACUUUUACCCACCCCUGCAUACGAAAUUUAGCUCCUGCUAUACAGCAGAGCUCUGCCCCAAUGUUGGUAACUAGAUGAUGGCAAAGGAAAGCUUGUUUGGACAGUCGGAGCCUUUCACAAUGCUUUAAAUGAUGCAGUAGUGCUCCUUGGGGUGCACAGUCCUACUGUGCAGAAGUCUUAGAACAAGCUGAUCUGAUUUUCAAUCAGAUGAUCAUGGUCCAUUGAUAAAUCACGUUAGAUACCUUGCAGACAAGACCAAGCAUCAAAAAACAUUGGGUGGUUGCCAUCGUUGACUAAGAAGCAGAGGUGUCCCAUGUAGGAACGACUGCUAUCAAGGUGAUGGCUUGGGGCUCCUCUAGCACCAUUUUUGAGAAGUAAUUCUUUAACCGUGGGUCGGUUUUCAUGAUCGCAUUGGUUUCUGCUUUCACUAUUCAUUUGGCAUUUUUUUUUGGCGCCAGAGCAGAUACCUUGGGGAUUGUAAAGUACAAAAGCCCAACUGUAUCAUUAAACCUUGUACAAAGCUCCCCUUAGAAUUCAUUCUUUCUCAUGUAACAUAAAAGUUAGUUUUCAUUUUUGUUUUUUUUCCUUUUAGUUGAGAUUUUGAUAGGAACCACCCGUCACGAAAGAUAUUGUAUAGGUGUCAGGUUGAGAAAGAGAAGUUAGAAGUUAGAAGACGGGCUUUCUCUUAGUGUAAUUGUAACAUAAACAAAAUAUAGGCAGCGAGUAGAAAUUUCUUGCUUCUUUCAUUUGAUUCAUUGUUAAAAUAUUCUCAUUCAUAAAAUGUCAAGGUUCUUGUAUUUUCUCUCUU